GGGUCUUCCCCAGGUAGAAGAGCAACUCUGCUUUAUCAUCUUGUGUCCAAGACAUCUUUUUAGGAGGACUGUUAAAAAUGACCAUGAAGUUAGGACAGAAAGUGAGAAGAUUCAUGUAAGCAAAUGAAAGACAUUUGAGAAAAAUGAGCCAUCUUGUUGAACCGGAGCACCAAACUUCAAAAGAACCAUUUCUCCAAACAGCCCGUAUAAGGAGAAGAAGGAACUUUUGUAAAUUGGAAGUGAGAGCUGUAGAGAUAAACAUCCGUUUGUGGCUCAGAUGGUUCAUCUGGGCUUUCCAUUUUGGCUGUUCAACUUUGUGCAUCCUCAGUCUGAAGCUUGAGCUAUUCCCUCAUCAUUCAUCCCUGGACUGCUGUGGUUACCAGUGACUUCGUUCUAGCAAACUGCUCUUAACAGUCCUGCUGUACAUCAGAACAUGCCACAGUGCCUUGAGCCUUCCACCAAAAGCAAACCAUAAAAGGAAAAGAGCAAGGGUGCUGAAGAUACAUGAGGAAAUGACAUGGACCUUCCAGAGAGAAAAGUUUGAGCUGUGGAUGUCUGGAACUCAUACUGUCAGAACAAAGGCAAUUAUGAUCUGAGUUCAUCGUGUCAAAACAUGGAGACAAUCAAUACAACUGCCUUGCCAAAUGUCUCAAACAUGGACCUCGACCACUGUGAUGCGUAUUGCAGGACGAUUCUGACAACACUCUACAGCGUGGUUUUACUGGGAGGCACUAUUGGAACAGUUUUAAUGUCAUGCAUGAUGUUCAAGAGGAGUAGUCAGUCAGUGAUUGCCACCAUCGUCUUUAAUAUUAUGGUGCUGCACUCUGUCCUCCUGGUCAGCCUUCCAUUCCGCCUCAGUUAUUACCUGUCAGUCAUCUGGGAGCUGGGAACCUUUACCUGCCGGGUGGUUAGCAGCAUCAUAUACUGGCAUAUGUACUUCUCCUUUGUUUUCUAUAUAGCCAUUGUCAUACUCCGAUUACUCAUCUAUUUUAAGAAACUCCAGACACAACAAUUACAAAAGUACCAUGCGGUAGUCUUAAGCAUUGUUAUUUGGAUGGUGGGAAGUCUUAUUUUUUUGCCAAUAUUUUUUUUACAAUAUGGCACAGAUCCAAGUUACUCAGAAAAACAGAGAUGCUUUGAGUUCUACAGAGAUCUCAGCUGCAGGGAAAUCAUUAUUAUGAACUACUCUAUGAUUGUCAUUAUGAUGACAAUUGUUGUCAUCCUCUUUUUGAUACAGAUGGCUGUCAUACUUCAGCUGAUAAAGUCUCUUUGGCCUGACAUGUGGGCCCAUCAAGAAUAUAGAGCCCAAAUUAAGAGUUUCUUCUUUCUCCUAGUAAUAGUCAUCUGUUUCAUACCCCACCACACAUUCCGAGUAUACUUUAUUCAGAAUUAUUCAGGGAGAGAAAAUUCUAAGUUAGUUCUUUACAAUGAAAUUUGUAUUGCCUUAACAACUGUCUGUUGCCUGGACAUGCUGUGUUUUAUAGGUGGAGUUAUCCAUUAAACUUUUCUAUGUCACCUGCUUUGGAACCAGUAUCCCCAUAUGUGUGACAAAAUUGUUUUAAUUGACUGGUAGUUUCAAGAUUUUUCAAGCUCCUUGCUCUUAAGCAUCAAAUUUAGAUUGCUCUUCAUCAACAUUGGUUUUCUACAAAAAGAUAAUAAGGAUUGAUUAUUCUCCUUUCUUAAAAGAACAAUUACCAGUCCCACAUUUACCAUAGUGUGUGCUCAAUCUUUUAGCACUACGCAAAUUGAUCACAUUAUCCCUUUUUCCCCCAAUGUAAUACUUACUUCAGCUAAGCACAGGAAGUGGUUUUCCCCUGUACUCUCCAGAUAUUUAUUUGCUUUUGCUAGAAUGCUCUUUCCCUCCAUUUCUGUUCUUUAAGAUCCAGAGAACUUGAAGGUAGGAACUCAAUAGUUAAAUUGGGCUUUAGAAAAGCCUUAAUUUAUUCACCUUGUGAAAGCUGCCUCUUGAGAACUACUGAUUGCCAGCAAAGCUACUGGCUUUGGUAUUUGAAAGAAAGCAUUAGCUCAAAAAAAGUAGUCAAGAGAUAUAGAGGAAACUCUUCCUGAAUGACUAGGAUAGAUGUGGGUCAAUGCAGAUGGAGACAUAGUAGGAACUCUGAAAGUUGAGGCUACUCCUAGAUCUACCUUCCCAAACAUGAAUCCAUUAAGAAGGGAAAGAAAUCUGAAAAGGUAAGAAGAAACUGGACUUAGUCCAAGAAUUCCCACAGACCAGUUCAAAUCUUUGAGAGAGUGGGUCGUCUUGUAUGAUUUUUCAAGGCACCCUAUACAACAAAGUAGCAUUACAUAAUUAAAAUUAACACUGGUAUCAGAGAAACUCAAUAAAAACAACCAAGACAACCAACUUUUAUGAUAUAGAAAUUGACAUGCACUACUAAUGAUGCUACCUUUGAGACUAUAUUUAAUGAACUAUAUAGCUAAACAAAAUCCUAGUGGGUAACAAAACAGCAUAGUUUAUACAAAGGAAUUUCAUAGUCAUCUGGAGAUAUGGGACGAAACUGUGUUUAGUAACCAUGGACCUUUGGGUGAGAUAUUUAUAAUCUCUGUAUUGUUUUCUGUGUUAUAGGGUUCUGAUGGAGCUGAACAAUGGAACAAUACAUUUAAAUAUUGGCAGAAUGCCUGGCAUGUGGGUCUCAGAAUGAUAUUACUUCUCUUUCCCAAUUCCAUGACAUUUUUUAGCAAGAAAAUUUUAAUAUAGGUCUCCAAAUCCCACAAAAUGUUGAUCCAUAUAG